AGACAGACAAAAGAAAUCCAGAGUUUACGUGCGUGCUGAUGACACUCUUAUCGCGAAAACACUUGAACGUAGAACCGACUUCCCAGUAAUAUAAUUAUUAUUUUUAUUCCUCAACUGAGCGCUCAACAAUUAGAAAAUGUUCGCUAAAAUGUCUACCAAACUCAUUGGGAUUGUUGGGAUUUCUUUGAUUUUAUCCUGUCACGUCGUAACCGCUAGCAUUAUGUGUUACAACUGCAGUUCCCCUUCUGAUGGUGCUUGUGGCGAUCCGUAUAAAGGCACUAAUAUGGUUGAAUGUAAUGAUGGCGAAACAUGCAUCAAAGUGGUCGGAACAUACGAAAAUGUAAAUAUCACAUAUAGACAGUGCAAUCCUGCUGCUUUGACUUGUGAACUUCACGCCAAAUACUUGGGCAGUGUUCAAUAUUGUGAAGAAUGUUCUGCCGAUCAUUGCAACUUUUCAUCUAGAUUUGAAUUGGCAUCAUUCUUAAUAGUCGCUGCAUUUUUAACCAGUAAUUUGUUUUAAAUUGUUAUAAUUGUUGACUAGAAAUUUAAUCUUCCUAGAAUGAUUUUACUUAUCUACAUCUACACCACUUGAUUGCUGACCUAUUUAAUAUCAACAAACAGGUA